CCCUGGGCGGGCCGGGGGGAGCUGAGUGGAGGAAGCCGGCGUCAGUCAGGGGCAGGGCGAGGCCGGGCGGCGGGGGAUGGCGGCCCCCGCCCGGCGCCGGGGCUCCAGUUGUGGAGAGCGGCGGCACCAUGCGGGCGGCAGGCGGGGAGGUGGCGGGCGUCCUCUGCCUGGUGGCCCUGGCGGCGGCGCUGGAUUUCGGGUACCACCACACCGAGGAGCUGGAGGCGUACCUGAGGGAGGUUCACGCCGCCCACCCGUCCCUCACCCACCUGCACAGCAUCGGGCGCUCGGUGGAAGGUAGAGACCUGUGGGUUCUUGUUCUGGGAAGGUUUCCAACCCAACAUAAGAUUGGCAUUCCAGAGUUCAAGUAUGUUGCUAAUAUGCAUGGGGAUGAGACUGUUGGGCGAGAGAUCCUGCUCCAUUUGAUAGACUACCUGGUGACCAACUACGGCCGUGACCCAAAUAUUACCCAGUUACUCAAUAAUACCCGGAUUCACAUCAUGCCAACGAUGAAUCCUGAUGGGUUUGAAGCUACAAAAGUGCCUCAUUGUUAUUACUCACGAGGAAGGUACAACAAGAACGGAGAGGAUCUGAACAGGAAUUUUCCUGACGCCUUUGAAAAUAACAACAUCACCAUUCAGCCAGAGACUCGAGCGGUGAUGAACUGGAUAAAAAAUGAAACGUUUGUUCUGUCAGCGAACUUGCACGGGGGUGCCCUGGUUGCCAGCUACACGUUCGAUAACGGAAACUCAGUUACUGGUUCAUCAAAAGGCUACAGCAGGUCUCUGGAUGAUGACGUUUUUAUUCACCUGGCGAAGACCUAUUCUUUCAACCAUGCCAGCAUGUACAAAGGGACCGGGUGUGACAACAGACAAACCUUUCCAGACGGCAUCACCAAUGGCUAUUCCUGGUACCAGCUGGAAGGUGGAAUGCAAGAUUACAACUAUGUCUGGGGACAGUGUUUUGAAAUCACAUUGGAACUGUCAUGCUGUAAAUAUCCUCCGGCAGACGAGUUGGAGAAAUUCUGGAGAGACAACAAAGUUGCUCUGGUUGAAUAUAUAAAACAAGUACACCUAGGAGUUAAAGGGCAGGUUACUGAUAAGAAUGGAAAUCCUAUUCCCAAUGCGAUCGUGGAAGCCCAAGGGAGGUCUCACGUCUGCCCGUACAGAACAAACAAACACGGGGAGUACUUUCUUCUCCUCUUGCCUGGGAAAUACGUGAUCAAUGCUACUGUACCUGGAUCUAAGUCGAUGCUGAAGACAGUGGAAAUACCUGAUAACACCGGUAAAUUCAGUGCUUUGAAACAAGACUUCUUUUUCUCUGAAGUCUCUAUCAGAACAAGACCUGCUUCGUGUCCUAAAACGCCCUUGUACCAAGAGCUUGAACGUUCUUCAGCUGCAGUAAAACCUACUCUACAUACCUUGGUUUUAAUGACCGCUGUGAUUCUACUUUUCAAGUAGUCAGGGAUGAUGUGACAGGGCAAAACCUUCCUGCACAAAGGUGGCUUUUGAAACAAGAAAUUGUGUAUGUAAAAGAAUAUAUGUUUUUAUGAACCAAAUUCUCGGAUUUAUGACCAUGUUUAUUGUAUUUUGUAAAUUCCUGGCUUGACAAUCAAAUGUUUUACUUUAAUUGUAAUACUGUCAUUUUUCUACAUACUUGGAGUAAAUAUUUUACUCUAAAGAACUAUUGUACAGACUAUGGAGGUAACUAGAACUUUGAUGCACAUCUUUUUGAAGAACUUGCCAGACUUCAAAAAAAGUCUAGGCGUGUACUGCCAAUGUUUCAGUGUUGAACUCACAGGUCAUGUGCCCACACAACUGUAAGCAAGUAGCUCAAUCCUAAUUUCUUGUAAUAAAGCCACUGCUACAAAUGAAGAAUGACA